AUGAAUUGCAUCAGUUGGAACUGCCGUGGUUUGGGCCAAUCAUGGGCAGUUCAUGAACUCACCGAAUUGGUGAACAAACAUUCGCCCACCAUUCUCUUCCUCAUGGAAACAAGAGUAAAGGAUCACAAGCUAAAAACCCUUUGCUUGAAGCUCCACCUAGAGAAUGUUUUCAUAGAGCCGCGGGUUAAUAUAGGAGGCGGAUUGGCCCUAUAUUGGAAGGAUGGAAUCAAUCUCAAAGUUCUGGACUCAACACCAAGCUUCAUUGAUGCAGUAGUUAACCUAGGAAUGGAUGAUGCCUGGCGAUUGACGGGUUUCUACGGAAAUCCAACAACAGCUAACCGGGAACAUUCUUGGGCACUACUAAAACACAUCAGCCUAAAAUUGGACUUACCAUGGAUGUGUGUGGGGGAUUUUAACGAGAUCACAAAAGUUGAAGAGAAGAAGGGGGGCCUCGAAAGACCAGAAAGACAGAUGAGAGAAUUUAGAGAAGCUUUGGACUUUUGUGGAUUUCGGGACUUGGGUUUUGUUGGUACACCUUUCACUUGGUGUAAUAAUCAAUUUGAGGGGGAGGUGACAUGGAUACGUUUGGAUAGAGGGGUGGCUACUCCAGACUGGAUACAUUUGUUCCCAACAGUACGCAUUCAUCAUAUUGGAGGUACCUUAUCUGAUCAUUGUCCUUUGUGGUUAUAUUCUGAUGAUGAAAAUGUUAGAUUUUAUAAAAAAUCUAGGCCUUUUCGUUUUGAGGCGGUGUGGCUAAAAGAGGAAGCAUGUGAGGGAGUUAUCAAGAGAGCAUGGGAUGGUCAUAACUAUGGAGAUCUGGUUGGGAGGCUUAUCGGCAUGGUUAAGGCAUGCAGGUCAAGCUUCCAAAAAUGGAGCAGAUUGAGUUUUGGGAAUAUUCAGCACAUGCUAAACCAAAAGAGGAAAAAGCUAGUCCAAGCCGAAUCCAUGUCUAUGGCUGGUACUAAUCAUGAAGAGGUCCGGGUCCUAAGAGGAGAAGUGUAUGAGCUCAUGGUGAAAGAAGAGUGCUUGUGGCACCAAAGAUCAAGGUCGGAAUGGUUGAAGAGUGGAGACAUGAACACGAGCUACUUCCAUAGUCGAGCAACAUAA